AUGGCAACCAUAGCCACGGCCACGGUAAGGCUUCUCACAAUUUCCGGCGCCACCGAUUUAUCACUUAAACCUAACUUCCCGCCACCACUCAUCCGCCGCUUGCUCCCGUCAAUAUCCUCUAGGAAACGGCAGUUUCCGACUGUUAUCAGCUGUUUAGUUUCAGGAGUGGAUGGCGGAGGGGUCCCUGACGAGUUCGUGUUCACCAGGAAAUCAGUCUUUGGCCGCGAAUUCUCUGUCAUUGCGAAUAUGUUGAAGAGGAUUGAGCCGUUGGACAAUUCGAUUAUCUCUAAGGGGGUUUCGGACUCUGCUAAAGACUCCAUGAAGCAGACUAUCUCCACUAUGCUGGGACUUCUACCGUCCGAUCAAUUUUCCGUUACCGUUAGGAUUUCCAAACACCCCCUCGAUCGCUUGAUUGUUUCUUCCAUCAUAACCGGGUAUACUUUGUGGAAUGCAGAGUAUAGGAUAUCUUUGAUGCGGAAUUUUGAUAUAUCGCCUGACACUACAAGAAUGUCGGAGUUUUCGGUAAACUAUGGGGUUUCAGAGGUGAAGCAGGAGAGAGUAUGCGAACCAGGUGAAGGUGGUGGUGGUGGUUGUAUUGUAGAAGAUUUCGAGAAAUUGAAUCUUCAAAAUUUAGGGGAUUUGUCACCAGGAGCAACAGAUCAUAUUCAGCAACUAGAAUUGGAGUUGUCUACCCUCAAGCAGGAACUUCAUGCCUGGAAACAGGAAAAUUUGCAAAUGGAGCAUAUCAAAAAGUGUAACAAUGAUUUGCUAGAGUACUUAAGGUCCUUGGAAUCUGAGAUGGUAAUUGAACUAUCGAGACCAUCAUCACACGAGGUGGAGGAAAUUAUCCAUCAACUUGCUCAAAAUAUAUUGCAAACUUUUUUCAAAGACGAGAUAGUGUCUGAUGACAAAGGAGACUCAUCUUUAAGGAGUACUGAAAAUUACCAAAAUAUUGAUAAAAAAUUUUGUGAGACCAUUGGCACUUCAAGGGAUUAUUUGGCCAAGCUGCUUUUCUGGUGUAUGUUACUAGGCCAUCAUUUAAGAGGAUUGGAGAACAGAUUGCAUCUAAGUUGCGCCGUCGGUUUGUUGUAA